GGCGUCAUUUACUUGGGAGGGAGAGUGUGAGUAUGAAGGUACUGGUGACCGGUGCAUCCGGUUAUUUAGGAGGGAGGCUUUGUCAUGCCUUGCUCAGACGGCACGUUGUCCGGGCGUUUGUCCGGCGAUCUAGCGACCUCUCCUGCCUUCCUCCGGUUGGUGGCGGAGACGAUGGAGCUCUGGAGCUUGCUUAUGGAGAUGUGACCGAGUACCGAGCCGUCUUGGCCGCCUGCGACGGUUGUCAAGUCGUCUUCCAUGUCGCCGCCCUAGUCGAGCCUUGGCUUCCCGAUCCUUCCAGAUUUUUAUCAGUUAAUGUUGGAGGUUUAAAGAAUGUGCUGCAAGCGGUUAAAGAGACGAAGACAGUAGAGAAGCUAAUAUAUACCUCGUCAUUCUUUGCUCUUGGAUCAACCGACGGAUAUGUGUGCUGGAUGCUCACUGUGCAAGUUCUGAGAUAUCAGUGGGCGUAUUCUUGUGAGAAGGCUAAAGUGGAGCUGGGUUAUAACCCUAGAAGCUUAAAAGAAGGUCUGGCGGAGGUACUUGCCUGGUUGAAGACCUUGGGCUCUAUAGAUUAUUGAAUGGAGGAGAGCAACUUGCUGAUGGUUGUGUUGUUUCUGAUGUCAAUAUGGUGUCCAGAAAUAUAUGAGGUCUGCUGAUGGUGAUAUCAAUUGGAAAGUUCAGCAUGUCUGAGGCUAUGCUUUGUUUUCUUUCCAUGAAAUAAAUGUAUUUGCUUCCGCUAUGGCAGAAGAAUAAUCAACUACAAUUUUUCUUUUUAAAUUUUUAAUCUAGGUGCCUUCACAAAAUAUUCACCAAAUUAGUGGCUUUCCGUUUUCCA